GGAGCGCCCCGACGGAGGAGCAGCCAGACUCAGAAGAAUCUUGACCGGAGCAAGCCCGGACGGGAAGCAUCCCGGACCCAGGACACGUCCCCCAGCCGCGGAACUGGAGCAGCGAGCACCCCACUCGCAGCUGACUUCUGCCAGACUCUUUGUCUUCGCGUUCCUUUUCUUUUUCAGCCUUUCCUGUUUAAUAACACUUGCGGCUCCUCCUUUCUUCUUUCACGGUGGGAGAAAGGCAGCAGGUAUUGUUUCUCGCCUGCCUCCGUCAUCUGAACCUUGUGGAGGAAGGCCCCGCUCCAGCCUCGGGACCCCUUCUGAAGAGAAACCGUUUGAAGCAGAAUCCUAAACAUGCAUUGUAGAGAAAUACCCCUGACAGUUUGGCUACUUAUGUUUAUAAGUGCCUCAGAAGAAACUUGUACCUCACGUCUUCAUAUUACCGCAGUCGAAGGGGAACCUUUCUAUCUGAAAUAUUGCUCAUCUUCACCGGAGCAUGAGAAAAAAACAACCACCAUAAAAUGGUACAAAAAUGAAUCACAUGGACCUGUUGACCUGAACUUGAGCAGUUCACCCAGAAUUCUUUUGCGUGGUUAUGUUUUGGAGUUUUGGCCAGUGGAGUUGACUGACAGUGGAUCUUACUCCUUCCGAAUGGGAAAUGAUACUCAUGACUGGAAAUUAAAUGUCAUCCCAAGAAGUAAACACAGCUGUUUUACUGAGAAGCUGGUAACGAGUAAAGCUGUGGAAGUUAAGAAAUCUUUGCAGAUAGCCUGUGAGCACAAUUACUAUCAACAACUGGUCAAUAGAACGGUAUUGUAUAAGAACUGUACAAAGAUGAAGAACAAUCAAAACCCAUUUUUAAAGAAUGCAGAGUUUAAAGAUCAGGGAUAUUAUACCUGUGUGUUUUUCCUACAUCAUAAUGGAAAACUAUUCAACGUCACCAAAACCUUCAAUAUUACAAUAGUUGGAGACCACAGUAAUAUAAUUCCAGCUCUUCUUGGACCAAAGAUCGAUGAAGUUAAAGUGAAAUUAGGAAAAGAUAUACAGCUCAACUGCUCUGCUUUGCUGAAUGAAAAGGAUAUGAUUUACUGGAACACCUGGAGGAAAAAUGGAAAGGAUCCUAAUGUACAUGAAGGGGAAGUGACGAGAAUUAGGACUUCAGAAGGCAAAUGGCUUGCUUCUACAAUACUGAGGAUUGAGAACAUAAAUACAAGAAAUCUAAACUUUGCAUACAAUUGCACUGCGGUCAACCAGGGAGGCAUCGACACCAAAAGCUUCCUCUUGCUGGUAGAAGAAGACAUGGUUGACAUCCCCGGCCACGUCUUCACUAGAGGAAUGAUCGUAGCUGUCGUGAUCUCAGUGGUGGCUGUCUGCCUUGUGACCGUGGGUGUCAUUUAUAGAGUUGACUUGGUUCUAUUUUAUAGACAUUUCAUGGGAAGAGACGAAACCUUAACAGACGGAAAAACAUAUGAUGCCUUUGUGUCCUACCUGAAAGAAUGUCAGCCUGAACACGGGGAGGAGCACGCGUUUGCUGUGGAGACUUUGCCCAGGGUGCUGGAGAAACAUUUUGGGUAUAAGUUAUGCAUAUUUGAAAGAGAUGUGGUUCCUGGAGGAGCUGUUGUUGAUGAAAUCCAUUCAUUGAUAGAGAAAAGCCGAAGGCUGAUCAUCGUUCUCAGUAAAAGUUAUAUGUCUAGUGAAGUCAGGUAUGAACUUGAAAGUGGACUCCAUGAAGCAUUGGUGGAAAGGAAAAUUAAAAUCAUCUUAAUUGAAUUUACACCUAUCGGAGACUUCAGAUUUUUGCCUCAAUCACUGAAGCUUUUGAAAUCCCACAGAGUUCUGAAGUGGAAGGCAGAUAAGUCUCUGUCUUAUAACUCAAGGUUCUGGAAGAAUCUUCUUUAUCUAAUGCCUGCAAAAGCAGUCAAACCCUGCAGAGAUGAGUCAGAAGUCUUGCCUGUUCUUUUGAAGUCCUAAUCUUCAGAAACACUGAGUGGAAGAAAGAGCCCUUGGCAGUCUGAGGACUGAGUGUCUGAGCCUGUGGAUAACAGAGGGCAUUAUUCAAAUAUUUAACUCUAGUCUGUGAACAUCUUACUCACAGACUGAAUAUGAACUUGGCAUUUAGGUUGCCGGGGAUAAGACUAAACAUUCCUCUAUGGCCGUGGACUUCCACUGUGUGUGUACUUAGUUGCUUAGUCUUGUCUGACUCUUUGUGACCCCACCCAGGCUCCUCUGUCCAUGGGAA